UAGUUUAAACAUAUUUAUUUAAAGUGGAUUGGGAAACAAGUUUUGCAACUUAUAUUAAUCCCUUUCCACUUUGCGGGUGUGAGUGCUGCCUUGUAGCGGCAUUAGCCUGCUCUUUUUCGAAAUCUACAAGAGUGUCUUUAACGUGCAAGAGAUAUGGCUCUCUCUUAACACGGGUCAACCAUUUAUCGUCCCCUUCCGACGGACUAGCAUCGUUUCCUCAAGACCAUACUCGCAAAUGGUGUCAAGGGAGAGCCGAAAAUUGAGUUCCUGAAAUUUUCAUCCCAAAUGGGAAUCGAAACAGGAACCUUUGUGUUAGUAGUCCGAUGCACUAACCACUACACCACGGCUCUCUAUCUCAACUGUCGUUGAAAGUGCUAAAUGACAUUUGAUGUAAGCAAAAGGUCUGAGCAGAUUUAUAAAUGAUCAAACAACGACCAUAUACAGUUUGAGAUUAAACAAAUAUCACUCUUACGCAAUCUUUUUAGGGCGACACCCGAACCCAAUAUUCCCACUGAGAUAAAGAAAGUUGAAAUGAGACUGAAAUCUGAAAAAUAUGAUUCGUACGAGGAUAUUACUCAACUACCAGAUGUCUCUACAGUUUAUAUUGGAGACAAAUUCUAUAUGUAUCUUGUUUAUCUUGGGAAAGACCAAUACAGUGUAAUCCCAACAGACUGUAAAGCAUUCGACGGAGCAUACGCAUCAGAACCUGCAUCGUCUGUCAAGAAAUUGGAUCUUUAUAACACAAAUUGUUUAUCACAAAACGCAAUAUACUAUCGGGUGAUGCAACCAUUCCAUGUUAUGAAAGUUAACGAAACACGUAUAGUGUCUGCUGAAAUGUACGGAUUCAUGUUCAAUUUCAUAAAUAACGAAAUUACAUUCGUAUGCACAGUGAAAAUAUGUCAUCGAGACACCUGCAAAUUACCGGAAAAAUGUGAUGACUGGAUAUCAAAAAGAAGAAGAAGGAGCGCAAGACAGGAUAAACAGUAUACAAUUACGAAACAUUUACGUGUCAAGAUGCAAACAGUUCAAAAUUCAUCAGGAAGUAGUAUUAUGGCAACAGCUCCUUUACCGAUAUCACCUUCUAUGACGACACAAUUUUCUGUAACGGAAACACUUCCUGUGAUUACACCAUCUUCUUCAUACGAUCAUUUCUCAAGUUCAACUGAUUCACCACAAGGUCUAAGUAGUAUGGCAACACCUUAUUUACCGAUAUCACCGUCCAUGACGACACAAUUUUCUGUAACGGAAACUCUUCCUUUGAUUACAGCAUCCUCUGUAAACAACUAUUUGUCAAGUUCGACUGCUUCAUCAGAAGGUACACAAUUACCGUCCACAAAACAACCGUACAUCCAUCAAGGACCACGUUAUACUUUCGGUUGUUUAGAAAAUGGAAAUGUUGUGGUAAAAGGCGUAUCUUCAGGAGCAAAUAUAACAAUAGUUGGUGAUCAGUGUAAAAAUAAAACCCAAACAUCCUCUGGAUCAUCGAUCACAAUAGAAGCAAUAUGUUUAUCAUCCCAAAUCUUUACGAGUAAUCGAACAGUGACAUUCACUAUAAAAGAUGAAGUUUUUGAUGGAAAUAGAUCUGCACAAAACACUCCACUGAUAAAUGGAGGACAGAAUAGUCAUGUUUUUACAGUCAAUUGUCAGAGUUUGACAGAUAGAGGGAUGAAUGUCUAUAUAGUUCAUGGAAUGGGUGUCAUAAAUUCGGCGACUGUUAAAAUACCUACUGAAAUAGAAACAGUUAGAAUGCGCAUAAAGUCUGAUGUAUACAGCACUCGAGACGAUGUUACAGAUUUGCCAGAUAUGUCCUCAGUUUAUAUUGGUGACAAAUUUUACCUGUACCUAGUUUACAAUGGAAAAGAUAAAUAUAAGAUUGUCCCGACAAAAUGUACAGCUUUUGAGGGAGCAUAUGCAGCAGAACCAGCAUCGUCUGUCUCAAAUGUUUUGCUGUGGACAAGAGACGGUUGUAUUUCGGAUCCAGCUAUAUCAUAUCGACUGAUGCAUAAUUUUAAAACAAUGACAAACGACUCUCGUGUGGUAUAUGCAGAGAUGUUUGGAUUUCAGUUUCACAGCAGCACAGAAAUCACAUUUCUGUGUGAAGUGAAAAUAUGUAAACCCGGCGAUGGCAGCACUGAUUGCAUUCUAAAGUCGGAUCAAACAUGUAGAGAUGAAUCUAAAUGGACAGCAAAAAGACGAAAAAGAGAGUCCAAUCACGAUGGUGGCUUUAAAGUUAUGGGCAAGAUUCAAAUAGAAAGUCAAUUUACUGAUUACCGUUCUUCUCAAGAUAAUUCUGCAGGAGUGUUACAGAUUAAUUGGAUGUAUUUGAUUGCAACGUACAUUUUCCUUCAGAUUAAAUGGCAUAUCAUUUAAUUCAUAACGACAAUUUUUUUCAAAUACACAGAUUUGAAUACAACACUUUAUACAGAUUUGAAUACAACACUUUAUACAGAUUUGAAUACAACACUUUAUACAGAUUUGAAUACAACACUUUAUACAGAUCUGCAUUACCGGUUCAUCUACACUUACAUAAUAUGUCUUACUUUCCACUAUAAGCAAAUGCCUUGGUGAAGUCAUUCUAGACGUAUUUUCAUGGUAUUGUGAUAAAACAUUGUAAUUUCUACUGCAAUAAAGUGAUAUGGAUGGGUUU